GAUACUCUGAAAAAGAAACUUCUGGUCCUCAUAUACGUCCUGGCUUUACCGCUGAAUCAUGUCGAUUUCAGGUUCAGAUAAGAAAAAUCCAAUUUGUAAACCCGAAUGCUGAUAAUCGUAUUUUUCAAAAUAUAAGUGGAGAAUGGAUGCUAAGUGAAGAAAUGAAAAGAUUUAGUGAAAUUGCACGUAUGAAAAGAAUUGAAUUUAUUAAUGCGAAAUUAAUCAACAAAACAUCAUUAGGCGGUUGGCAUCCAAUUCCAGUAACACAAGAAGAGGCAGAUC